GAACGUGUGUGCCGAGUGUGUGUGUGUGCGUGUGUGUGUGUGUGUGUGUGUGUGCCUGCCCACGCGCGUGUGUCUGCUCUGCUGUUGCUGCCCUUUGAUCCCUGCAUUAGUGUUAGUUAGGGGCUCGGAGACACACUUGCACCGAGAGCAGCCAUAGUCAAGACACGGCAACAACAACAGCGAGCGGCACCUCCUCCGCCCGUGUUCCCGUUCCCCCCCUGAACAAUACACUUUAAACCGAGCAAAGCCAGGUGCACGACCGAGUCCCUGCCAUCACUGGCGCCUCCAGUCUCAAUGGGAAAAAUCCUUUUUUCUCCUCAUCCCCAAACAAGGACGAGAAUGUGAUUAAAAGCGGGGGGAAAAUGCCAAGGAGGAAGCAGGAGCAGCCCAAGCGCCUGCCUUCACAUGUGGACGGCGAUGAAGAAGAGGGCCCCAAUGACGGUGCGGUGGAGGAGGAAGGCUGGUAUGGGAAUGCCUCCGACACGCGCUCUGACUCGUCAUCGUUUGGCGACACGCAGGACGAGCUCCUGCUGCACAGAGGUUCCUCUCCUGAGGAGCAGUCCGGGAUCGGUGGCGGCUCCGUGGAUCAUGACACCUGUGGAGGCGAGAGCUCACUGGGUUGCCCGACACCCGUCCAUCGUGCCUCUUUGGAACUUCUUGGCCUGGAUGGAAGUACAUUCUCGGCCCAGGACACUCUUUCCUCUGUCGUGUCGUCGCUAUAUGGCGAGGCAGCAUCUCGAGCCCUAAACACUCAGCAGCAACUCUGCCGCCUCCUGGAGGCAGGCUCACUGAAACUUGAUGGUGGAGAGGUCCUGGGUCGGUCAUAGGGAAAUGCUGGCGGGAGUCCCCUCCGACUAGCUCCACCUUUGACCCUUUCUCCAUCUUCCCACCAUGCCCAACAGUUAAGUGCUCUUGCUCGAAAACUGGCCAACAACAGCGGCUCAGCUUCACCAGCCUCCUUGGCACCCUCAGUCACCAACAUAAAGCAAGAGCCCCUUGACCCCUUUAACUCUGUCACCCCCACCAAUGGAAGCGGUUUUGUGUGGGCAGGCGUAGCCGACAAAUGGCCGCCGGCCUCCUGUUCUACGCCUUGUGGCUCCAGCUUGUCCCCAGAUUCUGCAAUCCAGAAGUUAAAAGCGGCAGCUAACGCCGUGCUUCAAGACAAGAAUGCAGUUGCUUCUUCCUCAACAACCUCUUCCUCAUCCACCUCUGCCUCUUCCGCAGUGCCCGCGCUUGGUGGGGGUGGUCGAGGAGAUGAUGUGGUGCGCUUUGAUGCCUUCAACUCUCCGUUCAGCCCGCAGUCGGCGAGCUCCACCCUCGCCGCACUUUCCAAGAAAGUGAGCGAGAGGACCCAAGGCUCAUCGGCAGCCAGCACAGUGUCGGACAACCAAACCUCGGCGAGCUCCUUCCUCUCGCUCGUGUCAAUUACCACCUCCUCUGCUGCCUUGCUCAAAGAGGUGGCAGCCAGAGCGGCAGGAAACCUACUGUCAGAGAAGAAGGACGGUUCCCCUUUGUCGACUGUAGGAGUCCUCCAAGAGGACGUGAAGCCCCUGCUGGACAAGAACCAGAAAGCACCGACGCCCACUACGCCGACGCAAAGCUUAGAGUUGUUGUUACCGUCUACGCCGAAGGGCAGAGGCAAACCAAACAACCAAGCAGGCUCUCCUGAGGAUGGCGGUAAACCUUUCCAAUGUCCUGUAUGUGGACUGGUCAUCAAACGCAAGAGCUACUGGAAGAGACACAUGGUCAUUCACACAGGCUUGAAAAGCCAUCAGUGUCCACUGUGUCCCUUCCGCUGUGCUCGCAAAGACAAUCUCAAGUCUCACAUGAAGGUACAUCAGCACCAGGAUCGAGGCGAGACAUUUCAGUGUGAACUUUGUCCCUUUACCUCCUCCCGACACUUCAGCCUGAAGCUUCAUAUGCGCUGCCACCAGCACUUCCCCCGCACCGAUGUCAAGGUGAAAGAAGAGCCCACUACCGACACGGAGGGCGAGGGAUCCCUGCUAGGCGAUGGCAGCACCAACGACCUGAGAGCGGCCGAGGCAUCGCCGCUGCAGGCCGAGGCCCAGCAGCAAACCUCCCCUCUGAACGAAGCAUCUUCUAACCAUGUCCACGUCAAGGAGGAGCCUCAGGAGAGGGAUCUGUCCGUGCUCUCUCCGUUCAGCAUUUGCAGAGACCGACCCGGCAGCAGUACAAACUCCCUAGACCUACCUGGAGUUGGUAUUGGAGUUGGGAUGAGAUCCAGUCCAAGUGGUCCGACCACAGCCUCACUUUUUAGCCCCGACAUCACUACCAAAACGGCGACUGACCUGCUUAUGAAGCUUUCAGCAGCCAACCAGAGGGAAUCACUCAAGUCUCCAUUCCAUCUGAAAGAAGAGCCCAAAGUGGAGGAGGCACCGAGCCCGAGACCAUCCUCGCAGUGCCAGAGCCAGGUUCAGCCAAGCUUCCCUGGGUCGUUCUGCCAGGAUGGGCCAACGGGGGCGGCAGCGGUAGCCAUGGAGUCCCUGAAGCCGAGGGAAGGAAGCCCCAUGGCUAAAAACAGCCUGCUAAGCCAGGAUAUUAACGUUAAGGUGGCCUCUGAGCUGCUGAUCAAGCUGUCAGAGAACAGCAAAGAUGCCCAGUACCAUAAGGUGAAGGUAAAGGCCGAGCCCAUGGAGGUGGACCCGCCUCCUGCAGAACUUACCCCGCCUGCCUCCCACCUGCUGACCUUCAGCACUUUAGGGGCGAGUGAGAAGAACGAGCCAAUGAGCAACCUCCCAGAGACGUUGGCCUGCCCCCAGAAAGACCUCUUCUCCCAAGACAUAUCGGUCAAAAUGGCUUCAGAGCUGCUGUUUAAACUGUCAGAAAAAGUAAGCAAAGCCAACAACCACAAAGACAGUAACAUGGUGGGAAUAAAUAGUUCAUUCCUGGACGAGUGCUUCAGACAAUCACCCUUUAACUCGCGCUCCAAGAGCUCGUCCCCCGCAGAGGCCAGUUCCUCCACCAGGGUGCCGUUCCACGAUUCUGAGAAGGACGGCGAGCCAGGAAACGGCCUCGCCCAGUGGAAGCUACACGAGCAGCUCUUCCCCUGUCCCGUCUGCGGGAAAGUGUUCGGCAGGCAGCAGACCCUGUCCAGACAUCUCUCGCUCCACACAGAGGAGAGGAAAUACAAGUGUCACCUGUGUCCUUACGCAGCCAAGUGCAGAGCAAACCUCAAUCAGCACCUGACCAUCCACUCUGUGAAGCUGGUCCAAACGGACGCCGAGCAGAUCGUCAGCGCCGUCACCGCCGACUCCACAGAGCGCAAGAACUGCCCGUACUACUACAGCUGCCAUGUGUGCGGUUUCCAGACGGAGCUGAAUGCCCAGUUUGUCAGCCACAUGUCGCUUCAUGUGGACAAGGAGCAGUGGAUGUUCUCGCUCUGCUGCAGCGUCUGUGACUACGUCUGUAUGGAGGAGAGCGACAUGAAGAGCCACAUCAGCACCGGACACGCAGGUUUGAAUUCAAGAAGUCCCCUCAGCGAAACCAAGAGCACCUCAUCGUCUCUCUCGGCCCUCAGCGAUUCGCUCAACAGCUCGGAGGGCGGGGACGUUGCCCACGGCAACGAAGAACUGAAGAACCUGCUGGCUCCGCCCUCGUCGGCGGGCAGCCAGGCGAGCUGCGGAAGUCACUCGGGAUCAGGAACUGAGGACAAGUCGGACAAAGGCUUCGAGUGUGUUUUCUGCAACUUUGUGUGCAAGACACGCAGCAUGUACGAACGGCACCUCCAGAUCCACCUGAUCACGCGGAUGUUUGAAUGCGACGUUUGCCACAAGUUCCUGAAGACGCCCGAGCAGCUGCUGGAGCACAAGAAGUGCCACACCGUCCCCUCCGGAGGGCUCAAGUGCCCUUUUUGCAUCUACUCCACCAACCGUCCAGCGGCCAUGGAGUGCCACCUGAAGACGCACUGUAAGGUGGAGUACCGCUGCCGCAUCUGCCAGGGUCUGUGGCCGGACCAGGCCUCGCUGGAGGCGCACAUGCGGGGGCAUCGCCUGGGCAACCACUACAAGUGCGAGCGGUGCGGCUACCUGUCCAAAACGGCCAACAAGCUCAUCGAGCACGUGCGCGUGCACACGGGCGAGCGGCCCUUCCACUGCGACCGCUGCUCGUACAGCUGCAAGCGCAAGGACAACCUCAACCUGCACAAGAAGCUGAAGCACGCGCCGCGCCAGACUUUCGGCUGCCGAGAGUGCCCCUUCACCACCACGCACCCCUUCGUCUUCAGCCGCCACCUCAAGAAACAUCAGAGCGGAGGCCCGGGGGGGUUGGAUGGAGGCGUAGGAGGGGGAGGCGAGGACGAGGAGGAGGAGAAGAGUGCCGGAAGCGGUGGCAGCAGCCCCCUCAUGAGCCUGACAGCAUCUCAGGCGCUGCAGUCCGUCGCGCUGUCGCUAACGCUGGGCCGGUCCCGCCAACCGGAGACGGCCAGCACCAACGGCGGCGCGAGCCUCAGCAUCAGCAGCCCCUCCCUCUUCCCUCCCUCCUCUCGCCACGUGUUGGAGCAGUACAGGAACGGCGAGCAGGCCCACCUGAUCCCCCUCACCACCCUUUACACAUUCCACUCACACCUCCACUCAAGAUGGCGGCCGGCCUCGUCUCCCCUCGUCUUCGCCUCGCCCUCCCACUCCCACAAGCACUCCUUCCUGGCCUACCUGGGACUGAUGGAGAGGGCCAAGACUGUGUGACCUCACCCUCCUCCACCUCUUGACCACUGCAGCGGGAGCAACGUCAUUUCCAAUCAGACCAGCAGAAUAAGCUGGACCAGACAAACAUAUUAAAGGACGAAAAAUAAUAAGAAAAAAAAAACAUUUAUAAGAGAAAAACGCUGUACAUGCUAAAAUGCAUUUAUAUCAAAAAGCUGCUUUUCUUAUCAGUUCUAUCAAUUGAAUUAUUACUACUACAAGUACUACACUCUAUUACCUUUUUGUUUUCUGUUUGUAAGCAUCUGAAUGACCUGGACCCAGUCGCUUUAUCUGAUGAAACUUGCGGUUUUAUAGAUAUUUUUCUUUAGUCGUUUGACAAAAAAAGGUUGGGUAUGGGGAAGGGAAAAAAGACAAAACAGACAUUGCAAGUGCUACAUUUUAGUGCAUUUAUGUCCCUUUGCUAUUAUGCAUCGAAAUGGCAUGCCUGUUUCUGUGUUUCAGCUAGCUGUGACGUCAUUAGGAAGCUGAACUCCAGAUAUCCCGAAGUGUUAACCGCUGCGACUCGGACGCAACCAAUGAGACGGGAAAGCUUUUCAUCUGAAAGGUCACGUUUCCAAAGCGACGCCUCAGACCAUGCACUUACUUACUUACUUAUUUAUCAACCUUGUACAUAGUUUUGUAGCCCCAAGCCCCGUUCCCGUCUGUUUGAGUUGCUUUUCUUUUGUAUAACGGUGACGGCGUGAUGUGCGUUGCUGCUGACUGAUCUCAAUUCUGUCUCAGAAUCAAUGUGGUUUCGUGGAACAAUGAAGCCAACAGGUUGUGUGUUUUUUUUUUUUGUUUUUAAAGCUUGGAAGAUUUGAUUACACUGCAAAAAUACAAAAUCUUACCAAGUAAUUUUGCCUAGUUUCUAGAAUAAAUACCUUAGUACAUUUAAAAUAACACAAAACUAACUUACACGUAACGUUUCAGCAAGAUAUAGUAGCAUGUUUUAAGCCAGUAAUUACUUGAUGUUGAUUUUUUAAAAGUAAUAGUUGCAUUGGCAGAUUUUUUUUCACUUAUAACAACAUUUUUUCUGUUAUAAGUGAAAUAAUCUGCCAGUGAAAGAAGUACUUUUACAUAAAUAUUAAGAAACUAUUGACUUAAAACAUGCUCUUACAUCUCACUAAAAAGUUACUUGCAAGUUAGUUUUGUCUUGUUUUAAAUGUACUAAGAUAUUUAACUAGACAAAAAUACUUUUUUGUUUUUGUUUGUGUUUUUGCAGUGACUGUAAAUAUAGAAAAUAUUCAAUCUGAACUAUAAUUGAGAAAGAUGCAUUUAUUAUCAGAGAAGAUAAAUAUUAGUGGGUUUUUUGUAUUCCCAGGUGAAUAAGCAGUAAAAUCUUAGAGCGGGGGUCAUCUCAACACGUCAUCUAGUGUUUAAAAGUAUAGCAAUAUAUGCAUUGCUGCAGCUGUGUGCAGUACUGUGCAAAAAAAAUCACCUUCAGUUCUUCUGUUUUUUUCUUCCAAGGAGAUUUUUUUUUAAAUCUGUUAGUUUUAGCUGCUUUUAUUCUCAAUUUCCCAGUAAAUUAUCAGUUUUUUAUUAAUUAGUUUAUCUCUUAACUAUGAAGGCAUGAAAACCUUAAACUUAAGGGAUAGAUACACAAUUCUUAGGCAUAGACAAAGAUCUAUUGUUAGUGAUAGAACCAACCCGACUGAACCGCAUUUGCAGUCAAAUAAAUACUUUUUAUUAGUUUUUCUUUUUUUGUUUUUUUUGUUUUUUUAGUGGAUCUGGACCCAACGGGUUUGUCUGAACUGAAAACUGAGCUGGAAGCUGCUUUAUUUGUAAAUUAAUGGACAAAAAUGCACUGGCUAUUACACAAAUGAUCAAAUAACUACUUACAAUCAGAGUGAUGGAGCUGAUAGCCUGACUAACCAACCAGCUAAUAUCAGCUUUUGAGAGCAGAAUUACUGGAAAGGAAGAUAUUUUAUGCAAUAAGAAGUUUAGGUGGAGUUUAUUCAAGCUUUUUAGCUUUAGAAUCCAAAUAAAUCAAUAUUAUAUGUGCUGUAACUGUAAUUAUUUGGCUUAUUUUGGCAGUCAUCUCCUAAUUAAGAGAUGAGAUCACCUUUAUUUAAAUAUUUGAGUGGAAAUAUUAUGACUCUGGUGUUUUGACUCAAAUGUUGUCCUGUGAGAUCACAGACCGCCAGUUUAAGUUCGCGACCAAAGAUUUUGUCAAAGUGAGCAGCUCUUGCUUAAGGUCUUAAUUUUUUUCCUCUAUUUGUCAACUUUUCUAGUGAAAACUAAAAAUCUUAUUUUGCAAUCAAAAGAACAGCCAAGGUAUGAAUAAAAUGUAUAGAAGAGCUUGAAAAAAAGUCAGGAAUGACUGCAAUUAAGGGUAAGUUGAGGGUUUCAAACCUUUGCACAGUACUGUAAAUAAUCACGAUGUUUCCCCCCAUAUGCAUGCAGUGCAGCCCCCCAGUAUACUGUAAUCACUGGGAGGCCUGAUGUUCUGGUGUUUGGUGAUCCCCGCCUUUACGUGUGUCUGUAAGCAAACCUCCUGUUAUUAUUUCUGAGACCAGGUUGACAUCAGCGCAGCAAAUAUGCAGAUCUAUGUAUCACGCAUCCAUAUGUAGAAGAGAUAUAUGAGAAAACUGUUUUGUGGAGGCGACCUGCUGCGGGUUAGCGAGCUUCCCCGCCAGCCAGAGUCGCCACAGGCCGAUUCAAUGGUGCUUUUUGGAGCUUUUUGUAAUUUUUGUGUACAAAAGAGAAGAAAAAAAACUGUUCCAAAAUGACUUGAAUGAAUGUAUUUUUGUUUAUGUACAUGAAAAAGAUGCGAUACAGAGGAGCAUGAACAGUUCUGGUGAAGACGGUGAAGGGGGGGAAAGCUGGUGUGUCUGGUGGCCUUUCUGUGUCUUUUUCUGUUGGAUUUUUUGUGUUUUUAUAUUCAGUUUUGUUCUUUUAUUACUGAGCCUUUUACAUCAUAUUCAACAUUUUCUACUAACGCUCACCGAGAAGCUCCUGUAGGGUGCAGAGAAGAAGAGAAGCCAUGGUUUGUACAGUGUUGCGUUGAGCGGCUUCGGUUAGGCAGGCCGACUUGGUACUGCUGUUCGUCCAACUUUCCCCCUUCUGUCGACCUUUGAGUUUUAAUUGCACUCGUUAUUGUUACUCUUUAAGCCAAAAGCACUUAAACAUUUUAUUUAAUUCUUUUUUUUUUUUUUUUAAGAGCAAACUUGGAUCCAUAAUGGGACUCAAAUCAGCCCCCCUUCCCUUUAGUUUCUGCUCGUUUCUGAAGGUGCAAAAGGCUGCGCCUCUGUGAAAUCGGAGAAAAGUCAAUGAACACAAAUUGCAGGAAUUAGACAGUAGAGGUCAAGCUCCCCUCCUGGGAACUAAAGGUCCCAGACUAAAUAGUUCUGGCCAAUUUUGCACAUUGCUGCACUUUUUUUGAUGAUGAGAAUAUGUAUUUAUCCAUAAAAAUGCUGAAGGAAAGGUUUGUUCUGGCGACAACAGGCAGCGUAGUUCAAGUAUUUUCUUUUUAAAAAGGCUUUACGUAUCGAUUGCGCUUGUGUUCCUAAGUGUUCUUCAAGCCAAAUUCCCUUAUUUGAAAUGUUUUUGUAUUAUUAUUAUUUCUGUUUAACAGGUUUCUUUGUUUGUUUUUGCUUUUGUUAUUGUUUUAAAUUUUUUCUCUUGUUAAAUUUGAAAUUUCAAAGAUCUUGGACCGUUCCUGCGUCUCGCCACCGGAUGUGAUGUUAGGAUUGAAUCCGUCACGUCCCGCUCUGGGAGCGACGCCGCAAUCGUCUUCCCCCCGUUUUGUUCCUGUUUGUUUCCUGAGAGAAAGGAGCAUCCUUCCCAACUGUUUUAUCUUUUAUACUCUAGUGCCACUUGGUGGAAGGAAACCACCUGAGACUUCUGAGAAUGAGUCAAACUAAUUGUCAGGGUCCAGUAGAAUAGAAUAAAAAUGUGUCUGCUUUUUUUCUGUCUUUUCUUACAGCGAAAUCAUGACUUGCUGCACUUCCUCCCGUCCCCUUCAGCUUGAGUUUGAUGUUUAAAAAGGUAAACGGGGAUCAAGUCGUUUAAAGCAUUUAUCCUGCUUGUUUUUUGGGGGGGUUUAUAACUGGAGGGGGUUUGCUCAGUUGUCCGCAGCACAAUGACCUUCUCUUUAGCUCAACUACCUUCUCAGCACUUCAAAGUAUGCAUGACACGUUUUUCUCUCUGGUCCUUCAGCACUUAAUAGUGUUUCCAACUUGACUCCCGGGUGUUUGCAUUUAGAUGCACUGUCUACAGUCGGUUAGCUUUAAGUUUGGCUGUAUGUCAUGAUUAGAAAAAAAAGGCUCAACUAUCUUAACUUUUGGCACUUGGUAAAGAUUGGUAUGUGCUGUACAAAGCUUUUUUUUAUUACUCCAUUGUUAAGGCUGUACAGGGUUGUGACGAUAACUGGUAAAUAGAUCAUUUGUACUUUUUAUUUUUGGGUUUGUAUUUGUUUUUUGUUUUGUUUUUUUGUUUUUUUUCUUGUUUCACUUUAUGUUCAACUUGCCAGAUCUAAAUGUAACAGGAUUUGAAAGUAAAGCUUACAUCAGAUAUUA